GGGAGCAAUAGAGAAAUGAAAGGUUUGAAAGGGGUUUACAGGCAUAAACCCUAGCACCCGUUACGAAGGAAACAUACGCCCCGACCCCUGCAGUUCAUCGUUCUCGUCGCAUUUUGCUGCUAAAAUCUUAAGUAGGGUUAGGGUUUUCGAUUUCUCUGCAUCAGUGGAGAUGUUGGGAUCAGAAGGAGAGCUUUCCUAAGGCUACAAAGCUGUCCGAAGGAAGGGACUCCUUGUGAUGCUCCGAACUUGGAGGAGUUGCUAGCGAUGUCGUACUCUAUGGCUAUAAUGAGAACCCAUCACCUUGAAUUGGGUUCGGUGGCUAGGGUGUGAACCGCCGACAAAGAUCCGGUCCAAGAAUUGGCCGGAGAUCACCGAACAUUGCCGAAGGUGAUGCCAGUGGCCAGAAAAGGCUUUAGACUGGUUAAAAUUCAAUUAUUGGGAGCCUCAAAGAAGUGUAAUUCUUGACGUUCGGAAGGAAGUAAGAUUGAGACUACAUGAGAUGAGUUUUUAUCUGAAAAAUAAGCAUGCAGAAAGAUCUAGUUCUUCACAAGGCAAGCCAAAACGUGACUGUAGACUCUUGUUUAAGAAGUACUCUGCUUCAGGAAGCAUUUAAUCAUCAAGUUUCAUUGUUCGACUAGUUCAUUAUAUUUAGGUCUAUAUUGUUAUUUUGCUGUUUGUUAUGAAUGCAUACCAUUUACAUAAUUUAUGCCUAUAGUGGAAAAAUAUGCUUCGAGAUUGAAAGAGGGUUUACACUUAAGAACAAUGUUUUAAAUUUGAUUAAUGAUCUCAUAUCUUUUCUUGCUAGUAUAUGCAAAAGGGCUUGUAAUAUCACCCUCUACAGGCACUGGAACCGAGAUUCAUUUUCUAAAGGGAAAAUACUAUGGAUCACAAUGUAUAGGGUUUAAGCUGCCAGGAGUACUAAUGAGAUGCGAAAAACUAUCUUCACAGAUUGUUGGGAAACUGGAGGCUUUAAAAUCUGAUGUCUCAUACAAACGGCUUUCCAAGAUAACAAAAAGAAUCGCGCGGCUAUACUUUCAUAUCCCUCAGAAGUGGUGGCAGUGCUUCUGGAGUAUUUUCAUUUGCAAGAGCCUGAUUUCUCAACAGGCACAGACAUGAAUGCUCUGAUGACUCGGAUGUGGAUGAUUCAGGACCCCAUUUAGACGAAAUGUUCGGUUUAAAGACAAUAAUUACCAAACUAUCAAGCUAGACACCUGGGUUAAUACUCAGCAUACUGAAGACACUCCUAGAAAUGAUAGAAGUCAAGGAACCCACUCAAUCUGAGAAAGAUGGAUGCCAUUUUCUUUCGUCAAAGCACCAGAGCAAGGUAACUGACACCAAUCGUCUCUGUUCUCUUGUUCACUGGCUUCUCACGAGACUGAAGUCUUUAAAUUCAGGUAGAAUAGGAAUCAUUGCCAAAUCCCUCGAAACCUCAAUAGACAAAAAUGCUCCUCCAAAUGUUUCGCUCACAAAACUGCUUCACAAGAUCCUCUCUAUCAAUCAUGGGUGACAAUCACCUCUCAAGCUCAGUAAUGCUUCUUGCUCGAAUGAUUGGCGACACUUCUUUAACUUUAAAACUAAAGAAGCUCCCUUUGAUGGCAACACAGCACCAAGAUUUUGAAGAUGAAUCUCCCUUUGAAAGUACCGAGAAAAUGCUUUUACAAGAAGAAGCAUGUAUUAAAGAAGCAAAAGAGAUGCUGGAGCUUUUCAAGUCAGAAUUAAGGAACCAAGAUGCUACAAAUUCAACAAAAUCAAAUCCAAGUGAUGGAAUUUGGAGCGUCGCUAAAUCUUGGACUCCAUGUCCAAUUGGCAUGUUACCUUGUUCAUUUAGUUCUGCUGCAGUUCUUCCUGUUGUUGAUGAGGUUGUUGAUAUCUCAGUCACCGAAGACAUUGAAACAGAUACGGGUAAUUUUGUGAGUGAUCGUGUUUCUUCGAAGAGGGUAUCGGGUGAAAUUGCUGUUGAGAAUGAAAGUGGCAGUAAAAGGUUAAACGAGGGAAGAAUGAGAACUGGAGUUUGCGGAUAUAUCAUCUCCUAUGGAAGAUAUCUAUUUAUUUUUUAUUUGGAAAGCUCUGGCUGUUGUGCCAGUUGGGUUCUGUUCAAGACUGUCUGUCGGUCUCAAGGACCGCAGAGAGCAGGGUUGAGCCAAGGUGGGGACGUGGAUCAGAAAUGACAACUGAGCUCGCAAAAUCUCUUGCAAACAAUAGUAAUUGACUGUCCGAAGCAGCUGAGGAGAUGGCGGUGCUGGUUGGCGUGAACAGAGUAGAGUGGUGCAUGAUAACGACACUGUUUCAAGCCAUAUGGAGGAGGUCGAACAGCAGCGGUUUUGGCUAUUGUGUUAUUAUUUUUAUUUGGGCAACGUUCUUUGUCUGAGCUUAAGCUUUAUUACUCUCGCCCGAUUACGGAGGCCGGCCGAACUGGGAGUUUUUACUGCUAGGAGAGAGAGGAUCGACUGCGUCAAAGCGAUAGAUGAGUUCUCAAUCUUCUAAAACAGUGAAAUCACGACUGCUCCCAUUCAGGCCUUAUUUUCUAACUUUUUAUUUUCGGAUUAUAUACUAAUAUUCUCUUUUUUUUAAAGGAUAUACUAAUAUUCUCUUUUUUGACAGCAACAAGAACAUCAGAUGAUCUAGCUAUUCUAAAAAGGAGAUUUUGUUCCCAUCAUACUAAGCACUAUAUAUAUCAAAUACCAACACGAAGUAAUUCGAAGAGAAUAAAAGUCCAGCAAAAACAAUCAUGAUGCUAUAUACUGUACAUACGCUGUACACUGCUUAAGCCAUCUACAUGCACAUAGGUACUCUCACUCUGCCAAUCAAUUUACAGCUAGAAAGAAUCAUCAAACUUUUCACUCUGUACAGUGUAAUUCAAUUCAAUAUUGAGUUUGCUAAGGAAUUACUCUCCACUUAUAAUGAGAGAGUGAUGAGGUACUCUUUUUAUAUC